AGCUGAUCAAGUCAAGUCAUAUGCAAAAAUAUAAUAUCAAAUUCCAUCUAAAUAUUCUCUUUGGAAGACAGGAUAAGAAGCGAUCUAUAGGAGAUUAAGGAUCUACAAAUUUAAAACAGAUGAAGUACUUGGAGAUGCCAAUUGCCAAGCCUCAAAAGCUCACCGGCCAUAUAUAUGCCCAUAUGCAAGCAGCAAGCUACCAAACUCUACUGGAUCAACAAGAUUCCCAAAACUAAAAGAGAAAAUACAUAUAUAUAAACUAGCUAGCUCAAUAUAAAUAUAAUAUGGUGGACCAAACCAAAGUCUUCUCUCUGAGUCUCAGAUGGGAAUAUGGGAUAGAACACAGGACAUAGCUAGAGAGAGAGAGAGAGAAAGAGAGAGAGCUUAUUUCUCUCUCUCUUAGGUAAGCAAGCAAAAGCUACUGUGUGCCUCACUAUAAAAGGCCCUCACCAACCCAGGCCUUCUUCUCCAGAGCACCAAGAGAGCAAGAGCAAGACAUAGCAAGCUAGGUAGGUAGCUGACUUGGAUCCACCAAUAUUCACAAGCAAGUACAUCGUAAUUAAGCACUAGCUAGCAAGGAAGAAGAGAGCAAGACAAUUAAGAAGAGCAAUAUGUACCACCAUCUCCAUGGCGAGGUGGCCAGCCUCCGCUUCCUGUCCCCUCCGAGCGCCUCGCACCAGCACCACCACAUGAACAUGGCCUUGCCGCCUCCGGCCUACUUCCCGGCGCUGUCCUUGGAGCUGGAGUCGGCUCUCCAGGACGAUGCUACUCUACUGACCAUCAUCGACGGCGGCGGCGACACGGCUUGUUUUGAGCUUGACACCAUCGUCCGGGAAGCCGCAGCCCACCUCGCCGGCAACAAUAAUGGCUCGCCCAGCUUGUCGGGCUCGGGCUCCGACGGCGCGGGCAGAGACUACCACCAGCUGGGCGCUGUGACGAUGACAACGACGGCGGCCGCCGACGAGGAGCGCCGGCGCCGGAGGAUGGUGUCGAACCGGGAGUCGGCGCGGCGGUCGCGCAUGCGCAAGCAGCGGCAGCUCAGCGAGCUGUGGGCGCAGGUCUCGCACCUCCGCGGCGCCAACCGCCGCCUCCUCGACGACCUCAACCGCGCGCUCAGGAGCUGCGCCGACGCCCGCCGCGAGAGCGCGCGCCUCAGGGACGAGAAGGCCGAGCUGGCCAACAAGCUCGACCAGCUGCUGCUGCUGCAGGCGGCCGCCGAGAAGGGCGCCCCUGCCGCCGCGUCGACCUCCAGUUGCUCAUCGGAGGCGGAGCCACGCAGCAACAACACCAGCAGCACAAGCACCUGAAUGAUCGAAUGCAUUAUCCAACCCAAUUUUUAAUCGUGAGGAUAAUUUAUAUAUCGAUAUAUAAUAAGAAACAUGUGUGAUUAAGCAUGCAUAAUUAAUUAAUUUAAGGCGAAGAGAGAUGCACGGAGGCAUGCAUGCACCUUCAACCGAUUCAAUAUUUGUACCAGUACCAGUUUUGUUUU